AUGGCUACCGAAAUUGAAGCUUUGGAGGAGAAUCAUACUUGGAGUUUGGUUGAUAAACCUCCUGGAUGUACAAUUAUCGGUAGUCGAUGGGUGCACUCAGUUAAGCUUACUGUUGAUGGAAAGAUUGAUCGAUAUAAAGCACGAUUGGUUGCUCAAGGGUACAAGCAUGAAUACGACAUUGAUUAUGAGGAGACAUUUACCCUGGUUGUUGAUGACGACGAUGCGUACGUAGAAAUAUUCGUUAGCUAUUGUCGUCGCUCGCUUUUGGCAUCUUCAUCAGAUGGAUUUGCAGGUAUUACUAUACUUUUCUUGUAUGUGGAUGACAUCAUUAUUACACGAGAUGAUAUUGACGGUGUUGCUCAGUUGAAAUCAUUUCUUCAUGCUUCAUUUAAGAUGAAGGAUUUGGGUCCUUUCACAUACUUUCUGGGUUUGGAGGUUGGGUAUACCCCUUCUGGUAUUACGUUGGGCCAACAGAAGUAUGCGUCUGAGGUAGUUGCUUUGUCUGGUUGGACUAAUACAAAGGUGGUUCUUACGCCAAUGGAGGUUAACACCAAGUAUGGUAGAGACGAUGGUGAGCGUUUUCCCGAUCACACACUUUAUAGGAGGUUGGUUGGUUCACUUGUGUACUUGAUGAUGACUAGGCCGGAUAUCUCCUAUGCAGUUCAGCUAUUGAGCCAGUUUGUUUCAUGCCCUACCCGUAUUCAUUAUUCGGCUUUGCUUCGUGUGAUUCGAUAUGUUUGGGGGACAGUUUCACGUAGCUUAUUCUUUCCAUCAGUUUCUACAUGUCAAUUAGAGGGGUAUUCUGACGCUGACUGGGCUGGUUGUCCCGACUCUAGGCGAUUGAUUACGGGAUGGUGUAUGUUUCUUGGCUCAUCGCUGGUUUCUUGGAAGUGUAAGAAGCAGACUCGCACAUCCAAGUCGAGCACUGAGGCUGAAUAUCGCUCUAUGUCAGCUGCUAGCUCAGAGAUUGUUUGGCUUCGUCGAAUUUUUCUAUAUCGAUUUGGGGAUUCUGAAGGUCACGUAGUCCAGUGUCGAUCCUCAUUGCAUGCAUAA